GACCGAUGAUGAUGAUUUCUCGUCUAUCUCUUCGAGAUCUUUGAAAUACUGGCAUGCCAUGAUUUUGGCCGCCAUCAUGGAGUGUCUUGGUGCUGUUUUGGUCGAAAACAGAGUUUCCGACGCUGUCCGUAAAAAGAUUAUCAAGACCGGUACUCUUGAAGACGAUCCCGCCGUGCUUAUGCUGGCCAUGGCUACGGCUUUGGUUGGCUCUCCCAUUUGGCUUUUAACUGCCACAGUCAUUGGAAUGCCUGUUUCCACCACCCACUCCAUUAUUGGUGCUGUGAUUGGUGUUGAUAUUGUGUCCAAAGGUGCCGAUUACGUGAUUUGGGGCUGGGGUGGUUUCGCCCAGAUUGCGGCCUCGUGGUUUAUUGCGCCUGGUAUCGCAGGAGGGUUUGCUUCGUUUCUUUUCUGCAAGUACUUCAUCCUUGAGACACGCGAAAGGGGAUCAAGAACGCUUUGGCUUUUAGGCCCGUUUUGGUCUUCGUAACAUUUGCCGAGUUGACCAUGUUGAUUAUUUGGAAGGGCUCGCCUAGAUUGAACUUGGACGACUUGUCUACCGGUGCCACCGUGGGUUCCAUUUUUGGUGUUGGAGCCGUGGCCCUGACUCCUCCGAGGGUAAACUAAAGGCUGGGUAAUUUGUAGGCCCGUCGAGUCAUUGUAGAUUAACAACUUGAGCCGUAGUUACUUAAGUAAGUAUAAUGACAAGUGUAUCUUCUUCAUUUUUCCCGACCCCAAGCAAAUUAGGUUAACAUUUUUUCUUCAGUUUCCAUUUAUUGGUUGAAAUGAACUGAUACAUGAAUGACCAAACAAGCGCAAGGAAUUGGAAGACUUCCAAAAUCCCGCCAACAGAUCCCGCCAACAAGA